AUGGAUUUUGAAAUCAAACCCCUCGUCGAGGAAGAUACUCUCGAAUUUGUUAAGCUUUACUAUCGUGCGUUCUCGGAUUCUCUUUCGCCGAUACUCUUUUCAUCGCCGCCAAGCGAAGCAUGCUAUGAAAUUAUGGCGCGUCAGCGCGCAAAAAUCAUAUUUAAGCCAGGUAUUUAUGCGUACAAGGCGGUUGACACUGCCACUGGUCAGAUGAUAGGGGCAGCGUACUAUCAUAUCGCUCCGAACGGCGUGAGUCAAGAAGUCCUGGAUAACGCUGAGCCCACGUUCACAGAAUUUGGGCCGGAGCAGAGGGCCGACCUUUGGAGAGCGUGGGGAAAGAAGAUGAGAGAUUGCUAUGCUGAGAUUGUGGGGACAAAGCCCUGUGUGGAGGUUUUGAUGAUGAUUGUGGAGCCGGCGAUGCAUGGUAAAGGCAUAGGCAAGGCACUUCUAACGCAAGGCUGCCAACUUGCAGAUCGAUUCGGCUGCAUGGCGUAUGUGGAAGCCACCGACGCGGGGAUUGCAUUGUACUUGAAGGCUGGUUUCAAGCAAAUUGGAACCAUUGAUUUUGAUGCAAGUCCGUGGUGGCACGAAAAACGAUUUCCUGUAGAUGUGAUCAUGAUUCGUGAGCCGAAGAAAGUGUGA